AGAGGAAUUUUAAAAUAUUUGGCAUUACAGUAUAGCAAGUGGUCAUCACAUAGAAAUAUUUCUUUUACUGAUUACAUUCUUAGUUUUAACUUUUACAGACAAGUGAAAUAUUGCUAAAUUUCAGGUAAAGAUGGCGAAAACAGAUGUGUCAGCAGAGAGGACCAGUAUGAGGAAGACUGGAGGAGGCCCGCCACGGCCGGAGAUGUCACAGACUUCUCAGACUGUGGCGAGCCUGUACGAGAGCUCAGCAUCUUUUCAUGGUGUGUGUUCAGAUGCUGACACACUCAUCAAUGUUUCUGGCUGCACAGAUGUCGAUAUAGGACAGCAGGUUGUAGACCAUCUAGAUCUGCUCAGCUGGGACCAGCAGGACACAGAGACAGAGACCAGCGAGAGUGCGGAUACAACUACCAGGAAUAUAUUCUCCGUAGCUGCUGCUUUGUGCAACAUCAACCAGCCAACAGGGACAGAAGCAGCGAGGCAGGCGGAUACUAUGCCAGAGGGAGUCAGUAUCCAACCUGACUAUCCAGAGGAUUCUUGUGUACCAUGCGCAAACCGUUCUACUGUCACCACACAGAAGCAAUCAUCGAGCACAAGUUAUCAGCAAAAGAAAAGCAGUAAUCACAAAAGAACACUGAAGGACCUCCAAACGGUGUACUUUGAAAAACAGAUUGAUCUAGCCGAGGCACAGAUGGAAUGCUUCAACAAGAUUUCAAAGCUAGCCGAUGUUUCAAUCGAGAAAUUCAAAUAACUUUUGAAAUUAUUAUCUCAGUA